AAAAAAUAUAUAUAUAUAUAUUUAAAAGCCAAGUCCGAAAACAAAAUUCAUUUGUGUAAACAUAAAUGCUUGUCGUUAAUUAUAAUAGUAUAUUUCGUCACUAUAUCCGCACUAAAUAUUUUUUUGUUUCUUUAAGUUAGAUAGUGUUGAGUUUUCAUUAGUGUUUGGGAUCAGCAGCAGAUGAGGGCCAGUCUUCAGCUCUUAUAAAGUCUGGAACGUUGGUUACAAGCCAGGCUUGGGUAGUCCGUGCCUUGUGACGUGCAAAGUCCUGCUAGAAAGUCCACGGUAUCUUUUUAAAAAGUGUAUUAUUGAGAGGUUGCGCAACAUGAUCCAAGACAGUAUUGAUACAAUUUGGCUGAAGUUUUCGCUCCUUUUUCACAAAAAUGUAGUUUUGUGACUCCUUGAUAAGACACGCCCCACUAAACCAUCACUGACGCAGGAUGACGUCCACGUUGUACCUUUCCGACCGCUUAAGCAGUUUCAUUAGAACUGUGAGCGUACACUGCAUCAUUUUGCUUAUCGUAGUGUUCUUCAAUCGUGAAAAUUUUUUCAUCGGUAAAGAGGAUAUUUCUGUGCCUUUCACCUGCGUAUCGCGACAAAAAACGUUUUGAUCGAUCCACUCUCUUUAAUUGUAAAGAUUGAUUUAGGGCAUGUCUUGUUGUAUAUCGACGAUAAGCGCCGAGCUUCAGGUCUUGUUUUAUAAUACGCGACAGAGCCCUAGCGGGAAUCUUCAUUUCUCGCGAUAAGAUUUUUUACUUCCUAAUGGGGUUUCAAGGAAUUCUGGCUUUAACAGCAUUAACAGUUUGUAACAGCCUGUAGUUCUAACAGCAUGCGGCCGCUCUGUUCUUUUCUGGUCUUCGACAGACGAAGUGUUGUUGUAUCUGUCGAUAGUACGACAUUGCAAUCCUAUUUUCUUUUACAGCUCAUUCCACAUUGUAAUAUGAUAAUGAACACGAAAAAAUAUGGGAAAUGGCGUAAAAUCGAAAGAAAUAAAAAAAAAGUUUUCUACAAUAUUGUCUCUUUCUAUUCGGUGUGAACUAAGUAAGCUGUUUUUGUCGGUGAUUUCGUGUGAUUAUAAUUCGGUUUCCUUAUUUCAUCAUCAAAAACCAAGUUUGAUAUUUAUUUUCUUUACUCUUUUUAAGAUUAAUUGAUAUUUAAAUACCAAUAACAUAGAAAACCGUAAAAGAGAGAGUCCGAAUACUGUAUAUAGUUACUGUGAUUCUAAAUCAAAUAUUGUAUAACACAAAGAAAAAUAAAAUAAACAGAUACAUGUUUUCCACAGAGAGCUUCGACAACAGCAUCGGCAAUAAUAACUUUAAAAUUGUUAUACUGGCUAUUUGAUUGCUGGUUAUUGUUAUACUAGCUUUAAGUUUUUUUCUGGUUUUAACACUAAAAAUUUGAGUGACCCGAACUCCUCUGAAAUUACUUGUCCCCGCUGCUUCUUUUAAUUUAAAUUAAAUUUCCUUUAUUUUAAUUUUUUUUUUUUAAGUACAUUUUUUCUAAAAUAUAAGAAAUGUUGCGUAUUUUUAUUUUAUAGCCGCAAAGCUAUCCGUCUUUUAUUCCAUUUUUUCCAAUCAUCUUGUUUACAGAGUUCAUUAACUCCUAUAAAAUAUCUGGGUGGCGGUGACAUUAUCUCAGCAACACACGUUUUAAAAAUAACAAUACCUCUCAAUUAAAUUGCACAUACGAACGAUUCAAAUACAAGAAACACUUCACAAUUCAUUUUGAUUCAAAUUAAUUAAAUGUGAUUAAAAAUAUAAGUUGUUAAUAUAAAAUAUGAGUUCGCGAAGUAUUUGACUCCGAAGAGUGGGCGCAACGGGGUGAGAGUGCGGAAAUAGCAACGCGUCGUAAUUUUAGUAAAAUCGGGGCAACACAGCCGCGUACUGAAAUAGAGGCGAGUCGCACACACGCGUCUACGUGCUGUCAAUUUCGUCCAGUUAGGGAGCACGAUUAUCAGCUACCAGGUCCACCGACUCUAACGAAGAGUAGGUCGAGUGUCGCGCUCGUGCUAGCAGACGUGUGACCAGAGCUACUCCGCCGGCACAGUGGCUCUAAGUGGGUCGCAAGUGACCAGACACAGUGCAGUGAAAUGAACUUUAUGUCCAGAGUUGCAUAAUUCAGAACCAUGAAUAGAUUCCAAAAAAAAACAGUGCUUUGUUUAUUCUUGCGCAACAUCUUGAAAUAAACAAACAGUAAAUUAACAAACAUAAAGGAUGCUGAAGGGUCGAGGACGCGACCCAAGGGGCGCCGUCCCUCCAACGCCGACGAUGUCUAGAUCUAUACACUCCGGAUCCCAUCAUCCCUUCACACAACCAAUGCAACGUGCACCGCUAACAAAACCGGAACCAGACUACGAAGUCGUCGAGUUUCCCAGUGAUCAAUAUGUCAACGCUAAACUAAAUCCACCGCCGCCGCCUCCUCCUCGACCACCUACAGGUCACCCUGUAGAUGCUGAUGCGUCAUGCGGACUGUGCGGAGGCGGAGGAGCCCGGGUCCGCUGUGCGGAAUGCGGCCGCCGCGCUCUAUGCGCCUCCUGCGACGACAUGUACCAUCGACACCCCAAACGCAGACACCACCAACGUCAGGCUCUGUCGACUGCCCAACUACGAGAAGAACGACCUCCAUUACCACCAAAAGUUGCACCGCCCGUGCCGCCUCCGCGACGACACAAGCUGAGCGGAGACAGACUAAGCGCCAGUCCUAAGCCUAUGAUGGAUCAAAGACGUGCAACACUAGGUCAUUUGUCCGCUGGCAUAGCCCAAGUUUCACGUGGAAGCACAGGAACUACCCCCAUCAACAAUCACGUUGCACCACAUCCCCAUUCGCAAAUGCCGCUCCACGUUCAAGCCAAGAUGACCACAAUACCAACCUCUAGCCAUAUCGGCAGUAUGCCGUAUCUACCCACAUCAAUGCCGCAUUCAAAUAUGCCCCAGUUAACAAGCAUGCAACCACAAGGACACCAUACUCUUGGCCACCUCAAUCCAGCUUGGGCGAGACAAAGAGGAUCUCUUCAAGGAUUUAAUAUGCAUCAAAAUGUCCCACCGGAGUCAUGGGAGCCAGAGAACGUUUCGCAUGUACAGAAUUGGAACCGGCCCUUGCGGCGUGGUGCGUCAGUAUUAGAGCUAGGUGUCGGUGGCGGAGCGACGUGCGGAGGAUGCGCGCAAUGUGCAGGCUCGGGCUGGAGAUACGGCAGCUGUGCGAGCCUCGACCAUCCGUGGCAGGGAGCCUGGCAGCCCCCACCCUGCUGUCUCCCACCGCACGACCCUCGGUUGCAUGCGCAUACGCAUCAUGUUUCCCAGACGCCACAACCACAUCGUAGAGUGGAAACGCGCACUAUGUCCCGCGCCGCGUCCCGUGCCGGGUCUAGAGCUCCAUCGCCGGCCGCGAGUGUUAGAUCGCGCGCCUCCCGCCGCACCAAGCAUCGGACCCCUUCCCCGCCACUGCCCUCCAGCGACGCCGAUACGGAAAGCGAAGGAGAAAGUAUCACUGUCCCUCCAAGCAGCAUCCACGAAAACAACGAUAACUACUUAGGACCCGCACCUCCCCCGCCGGAAAUCAAUUGGCAAUGCGAGCACUGCACGUUCGUCAAUGAGCCCGGAGUUAGAGUGUGUGCAGUCUGUUGUCGCACUCCAACCGUAGCUCCGAAAAUCCUUGUAUCAGGCGUAAAAGAAGAGAUGGAGAAGCUAAAAAUUGAAACAAAAAAAUCAACACCGACUACUGCCACCCAUGAUGAUUCACCAACUAAACAAAACGGGGUGCGAUGCAGUCCUAAAAUUAGCAAAGAGCGAAAGUCUACUGGUUGUGGCCCGUCACCUCCUAGAGAAGAAUUUAUUUCAAUGCAAAUAGUAAACAGUCAAUCGCCCGUUAUUGAACAAAACAAACACAGCUUUGUUGAAAGAAGUACAAAAGGACAUGACAUUGCCGUGGGUCCGUCACCACCUCGCGACAUUCGUCACUCCCAGCAGAAUAGAAAUAUUACGUCAUCUCCUCAAAUCGACAACAGGGUCCAGGACUCCCCACGUCGGAGCGUUAAGGAUUCUCCUGUUAAAGAUCAACCACAACUACACAGCAUUUCAGUUGGUCCAUCACCUCCACGUGAAAACAAUCGUGUAUCUAUCGAACCUGAGAAACAGGUUCAAAAAAAGUCCACUGGGACGUCGCCAUCGCGCGACGUCAUCGUCAGAGCAAGUAGUUUCAGAUCCAAUAAAACAAACGUCUCGAACACCGGGACUUCUCCACCACCACAAAGCAUUUCUACACAGACCUACGAAGUACCUAAACAAUGGGAACGCGCCCCAUCGGCAUCUCGAUCGCGACCAAGACGACGGUUCCGGGACGAAAGUCGACGUGAACGAUCUCAUAGCAGACACUCACUAUCCAGCGACACCCGUGAGAUCGACCGCAGUGUCCGCACGUUGGGAACAACCAACCGGUGGGAGUGGCGUGAAGAGGACAGCAGUCCGGGAGGUGACUGGGACCAUGGAAACAUGUCGCGUAGAGCUUCACAUUUAGAUCUACGGAGACCAAGGUCGCAUCGUCGAUCUGGAUUUUAUGGCUCAGAGGCCGCUUCACCCGAGCCGACGGGAGCCACACGCGCCACUUCACUAGAAGCUUUAUCCGGCGCAGGCCGACGAGAAACAGAACGCGGCCUCGAGCUCGCCAAGCUUAUGACGGAAGCCGAACGCCUGGGCUUCAGUGCCGCGGAAGUGCAAGCUGCAUUAGCACAAAGUCCGGCAGCACCACUCGCAUGGUUGCGCUCGCGGUGGCCGAGCUUGUGCGCGGGCGUACGAGCAGCCGCUGCAAGACUCGCACCCGACGCUGUCAUCUCCGAACUAGAAGCUCGAGCGUCACUCGCACGGCAUCGAGGCGCUAUGUGGCCUGCGGUUACAGAAUGUGUUGAACGACAUCGUCGACAGGCAGGAUCAACUGAAAUGGGCGAAGAAGGACGAGUCCGAGGGCGUGUCUGGGGCUCGCCAGCCGGUGCAGAUGAUGAUGCAGCUCCACCGCGGUUCGCAUCGCGCCGCUCGUCACGCGCGCGCGCAGAAGAUAGUUCAGAUGAAUUUGAAGCACCGACGCGACCGGUGUUUCGAGACGACGAUUGGAUGUUUCUACCGUUGGACGUGAAUGUUAAAGAUGAAUACGAGACGAACCAGAAUCUUAAAUCCUGGAAUAAACAUUCGUACGAUGCCCCGCAUGACGACAGAGAUGACGUAACUGUAACGUUAAAUAUUCUUAAAAAUAACACAGACGAAGAAAACUUCUUACGUAGUUUAUUAGAAAAUACACAAUUAAAGUUGGAAGAGAGUACUAUAACUGACAGAAACAGAACAAACUUCAAUGAUUUAAUCCAAUCUGAAAAUGAUUUUAUUGACGCGUAUAAUGCCUUAACAAAGGCAAGUCCACUACCUAACAUAAAUGACGUCAUUUUGGAACCGAACAGCAAAUCUUUCCCGACAGACAUAAUACACGACAAUAUUAAACUUCAAAAUAAUAAAAAUGAAAAAUUACUGAUUAAAGGACAAAAUAUAUCGGACAGAAAAUCUACAAAAAACAUAUUAGUGGAUGAAAAAAAAGAUAACUUAAUAGCCCUUAAAGUAGUUUCUAAAACUGAAGAACAAAAAUCAAAAGCCUCAACAAUAAAAAACGAUAACAACAUAUUCCCAAACAAUGAAGCAGUCAAACAACAAACAGAAGCUCAAAGUAACAAACAAACUUACUAUAGGGAUGUAUUAGAGAAAAAACAGCCUGAAAAUAAAAAUAAAAUACAAAAUUCUUAUGAUGAUAAAUCACAGAACUUGAAUGAUAUAGUCGAUAAUACUCAAAAACUAAUACAACAGAUGAGAGAAGAACUUGACUCCGACAUGCACUCUUUUAAAAAUAAUAGCACUUCGCAUAGUGAACACGAAAGUUCGUCCAACGAGGAACAGUUAACCAGUUAUAGUGAUACGGACCAUGAAACAGAAGAAUCUGAAAAUAUUACUUCAGAUGAAGAUGGAAACAGCAAGGACACACAGAACGUCAGAAUCAAAACUAACAAUUCGGUACGACAGAGCGAAGCUUCUAAUAGAACAAGUUCUGAAGACAAUGAACAAUUUGAAGAAGCAAUGGAUCAUAUCGAAAACCAAGUAGAUGACUUUAAAAAUACUAACAUGGCAAUACUAGAUUCAAUUGCUCGAAGUCUACAAGAAGAGCAUAUUGUUACUGUAGAAGAAAUUAAACCAACAAUUCCCGUGAAAAAAGAAGAUUCAAAUAAUAAUUUGUACGUGGCCGUUAACUCUUUUGAAGAAAUAUAUGCCCAAUUAAAUAGUACUAAAAUGCAACAGAAAAUAAUUUCUGAGAGUGAAAAUAUUUUACAAACGAAUACAUUGCCAGAUAUAACAGUAAUAGAAAAACACGCUAUUACAGUAUCUGAAUAUCGACCAUCGGCGUCUUUUCAGUUAAUAAUAUCGGAAAACCAGCAACCUAAAUUAAAAGGAAAGUUAAAUACAAUUGAACCAACUCAUGAAAAUUUGAUUAAUGAACCAUCUCCUGAUAAUUUAGUAAAUGUUUUUAAAAAUACAGAAAACCAUUACGAAUCUAAUAAAAUAGAAGUAUUAAAUACUACACAGCCAUUUCCACCGCUCGAACGCACUAGAGAAAAUAAUAUUGAACGAACAAAUAAUGAUCAAAUUGAACAAGAACAAACAAUAAAUUUUGGUGAAAUUAAUGCAACUCAAGAUGAACCCGAACGGAACGAUCUAGAAUUUGGAGCCAUAAAUAUAGAAAUAAAACAAAAUACGGAAAACACUGAGCUACAAAUACAAUUAGACAAUAUUUCACAACCGCUACCGGCGGAGGAAUCGGAUAAUCGAAAUACUAAUGUGCAACUACAAACUAUACAAAGAGAAAUAGAAGAAAUAGACAUUUUUAAUAAGGUUGACCAAAACGAACGUAAUGGAAAUGCAAAUCAAAUACAAUUGGAACCUAUAAAUAUCAUUAAAGAAACUCCGUUACAGCAUCAAGUACAAACUUCAAUUAGUACCGUAAACAGUGCAUCGAUCACCGAAAAAACUUAUUCUAAAAAUCCAGCAUCAAAAUCUAAUAUACCGAAAUUAAUUAAAAAUGUAUUUGGCACAAAGACUAAAUUAGAAAAAAACGGCCCAAAAUUUGUAGCCUCUAAGGUACCCAUUCGCAGAGCAUCGAUCAAACAAUAUCCUGCACCUGCGCCGCCUAAAUCACAAUUUGGACAUAUACAAAGCGGUCAUGUAAAACAAUUGCAAACGAGACUAUUUGAUACAAGACCUAAAAAUUCAAAUACUGUUAAGGAAUCUAACAUAUCAGAACCGGAACCUUCAACGUCUACAAUGAGUAAAAAAAAGCCAGCACCACCUCCACCUAUAGAACAUAAAAAUGAACAAGCCACAUCAAUACAAGUACAGCCAACAAUGGAAAAGAAAAAUAAUUACUUUCGUGAAACUUGUCGAACUGAGGACGAAUGGACUGAAAGCGAUUCCGAAAGUUCUCAAACGCCAGUAAAGAAACCGGUAGAAGAAAUAAAUUACAAUCCUCCUUCACCGCCUCCACCUCUCACAUUACGUCGUGUCUCGGGGCAAUUAGUUGAUUUGGCCAAAAUACGUUUACCUGAAGGAUCACCAGAGAGACAAGCCCGUAUGUUAUUAGCAGAAGGGGCGACAGAAACGUGGGAACAAGCGCAACUUGCAGUAGAGUUAAUUUCACGUGGAAUUGAAUCGUCAGCUGCACUUUUAGCAGCUCUUGAGUGUACAGAUAUAACAGGUGCACUUGUGUAUUUGCAUCAAGAUUGCGAACUUUGUGCAUCUAGACUGCCUGAACAUGAAAUGGUAUCGAUGUUACGUUGCACUCACCGAUGCUGUCGAGAAUGCGCCCGACACUACUUCACAGUUCAAAUCACGGAAAGGAGCAUAGCAGACUGCGUGUGCCCAUACUGCAAAGUUCCAGAUUUAGAAAAUCUUCCCGAAGACGCCUGGUUAGAUUAUUUCGCACAUUUGGAUAUUCUACUUAAGACGUUACUCGAAACGGAAGUGCACGAAUUAUUCCAAAGAAAGUUGCGUGACCGUACUCUGGCUCGAGACCCCAAUUUUAGAUGGUGCAUGGAAUGUGCUUCGGGAUUCUUUGUUCAUCCAAAACAAAAGAAAUUGCGUUGCCCAGAGUGUCGCUCAGUUAGCUGUGCAUCAUGCAGGAAGCCUUGGACGGCUAAUCACGAAGGUAUGACAUGUGAACAAUAUGCUACUUGGUUGGAUGACAACGAUCCUGAAAGGUCAUUGACCGCGAUACAACAACACCUAAGAGACAAUGGCCUCGAAUGUCCACGAUGUCGCUUCAAAUAUUCCCUGUCAAGAGGUGGAUGUAUGCAUUUCACUUGUACUCAAUGCAAAUAUGAGUUCUGUUAUGGAUGUGGAAAGCCUUUUACUAUGGGCGCACGCUGCGGCUUGAGCGACUAUUGUGCAAAAUUAGGACUUCAUGCACAUCACCCGAGAAACUGUUUAUUUUAUUUAAGAGAUAAAGAACCACACGAACUGCAAACAUUGUUACAAAUGAAUAAUGUCCAUUAUGAAACGGAAGCAGCUCCCGGAAGUACUGGACGGUGUCCGACACAAUUACAACGAGAGACUCCCACCGGCCUCGUCGACGGAGUGUGCGGCAGUGAGGCACCGGCAAACUAUGCAGGCUUGUGCAAGAAUCAUUACUUGGAGUACCUGAGCCGGACGGUGCGGAGGCACGGAGUGGAUCCUCUGCCGAUCCUGGGCGUGGACGACCUGGAAACGUUGGUGCGCCGGGCCGCACUUCGAUUGCCGCCUCGACCCUACGGCUCGCUCGAGGGCCUCUACAAGCGAGGGCUGAUCGAGAUCGUGAAAGAAAAAAUACCUCUAGACUAAAUUCUGCUGGGUACAGAAGAUUAAUGAGCAACCUUUUCCAACUAAAAUAUAAUGUGUAUCUAUAUUUAUAAGGAUAAAUAAAAUUUGAUAUUGUUUUAUUUAA